UAUUUGUGUUUUGCACCUCAGGGCCACCAUACCAAUUGAAGGGUGAGUCUUGAUAAUAUGUCUGACUGUGUGAACAGAUUUUUGUUUCCACACAGUGAUCAAUAGAAGUACACACAAACCCAUGUCCCUACUUCCCACAUCAGCUCCUCCAUUUCUUACAAAGUCAAGUAAAAAGUAUAUCAAACCAACAAACUUAUAAAAUGUACUACUGUAUGUGACCAAAUCGUCGAAGCUGAAUCUGGGACAAGGAACACAGAUAGUAAAAUGAAACAGUCAGUGAGAGGCAAAGGAGUCACAGGUAGAUAAACUGAAACAAUACCGCUUUUCAGAUGGAAGAGACGCCCAACGGAAAUAGUCAAAUGAGGCACCUUUCCUUCCUUUUGAGAGAUAAACGUAAUUCGAGCAGAGAGCACACAUGGUGUGCCAGUGCUCUGUCAGCUCCUGACUAAACGUAGUGAGGAUGGAGAAGAAGUCAGGUGUUGACCUGCAGAUGGAGACAUCAGAAGGAGGCCUGAAGGAGCUGGUGCUGCGGUGGUUCACUGAGACGCAGGCGCCGCUCAUCCUGCACAACGGAAACUUCCCAGACUGGUUUCAAGGCUUCGCUGCAAGAAAGGAUGCGGAAGAUCUAUUGAGAGAUAAAGCUCUGGGCUGUUUUCUCAUUCGCCUCAGUGAUAAAGCCGUUGGCUACAUCCUGUCCUACAAGGGUCUCGACAGGUGUCGCCAUUUUGUUAUUACCCAGGACCAGGAUGGACUGUUCGUCAUAUCAGGAGACUGCCAGACUUACCGCACUCUCACAGAGUUAAUAGAGCACUACAAGGUCAGCCCCAUCCAGCCCUUUGGAGAAUACCUGACCUCCAGCUGUAAUCAGGUAAACACAGGUGAGCUGUAUGACGUGGUGAAUUACAACGACAAAGAGAAAUCAGGAGUGAGUGUUCAAGCUCUGCGAAACCUGUGGGACAAGAAGAAUGAUCACAGUGACCCGAUCAAUAAUCAAAGGAUCCAUCAACAAAUCGACCCUCUCACGGGGCAGCCACCUGCGCUGCCACCUAAAUCCAAAAGCAGAAAGCUGACAGGAACUGUGUCUGUGGACGCAAUGUCCCUCUCUCAGGGUGUACCUCCACUCCCAAAAAGAGGCAUUCCUCUGGUCUUCACCCUGAGCGGAUCUUUGCCCGAUACGACAUCACAUCCAAGCGAUGCCCAGAGCGACACAAACAGAGCAGAGAGACUCAGAGGAAACACAAACCCGCUGCUCAUGUCUGACAGAAACUCAUUUAACACCACAGACACAAAAUAUCCGGGUGAUGUUUGUCCUGCGGGUCACUCAGAGCGGACACAGGUGGAGAGCAGAAGCAAAUCUCUACCAAGGCUGGACAACAGCAACAUGGAGGAGGAGGAGGAAUACUCCAACCAGCUGAGCAGCCCCCCUGUCACAACGCCAACAUCUCAUUCUCCCUCUCCAGUGAAGAGGGUCACCUGCCACACCUACUCACUCCACGAGCCCAGGCUGAGCAGCUCCAGGUCAGAGCAGCAGAGUGAUGAUCACGAGGUGCUGAAGUCCAACCCGCUGUACGACAUCUCACAGGCGUCCGUAGGGAGUUCAGCUCAGCAGGGUGAUGUCAUGUACGCCAAGGUCUCCCAGAGGUCAGCGUCCGCUGCCGCUCUGCCCGACGACACCUACGAGCUGAUCCCAGGGGAGGCCGCCGCCAUGCAGGGGAAUAUGUACGAGUCGCUGGAGGACAUGAAGACCAAGAAGUCUAAAUCCACUUGGGGCAAAAAUAAUAUGAAAUGGAAGAAAUUCCUGCCUGAUUACAAGAAGAAAUAAAAGUGACAAAAGGACUCACAUGGAUAAUUUGUGUUCAGAUACAGAACAGACUGAUGUUGAUGUAUGAAACAAAAAGAAAUGAGAAGCAAAUAGAAACUCGUUUUAAACACUCCAUGAAUCACACUCUACAUACAUUUUGUUAGUUUUCCUUCAUUUAUAAUUUUUUGUAUGUCUGGAUUUGUCAACUAAGCUAUUUUUGAUUCUUGUUUUUGUGGUACAGUAGUGGUAGCAGCGGUGAUAUUUUAGUAAUUGUAUCAGUGGUGGCAUAAAA